CUGACCGGCCUGGAAUCCCGGCCGCAGCCCUGCCCCGCCGCGCCCCCGCCCGCCCGGCCUGCCGCCCAGGCCCCGCUCGCCGCCGCCAUGGGAGACGCCGGCAGCGAGCGCAGCAAGGCGCCCAGCCUGCCGCCCCGCUGCCCCUGCGGCUUCUGGGGGUCCAGCAAGACUAUGAAUCUCUGUUCCAAAUGCUUUGCUGAGAAAAGAAAUCCACACAACGAAAAAGAUUUCCAAAAGAAGCAGACAGAUGAUGACUCCACUCCCAGCACAAGCAACAGCCAAUCAGAUUUGUUCUCUGGAGAAACAAACAGUGACAACAGCAAUACCUCUCUAACUACGCAGACUGUUAACUCCAACCAGCAACUUUCGACAGAACUGAAUGUAACUUCACCGAGCAAAGAGGAAUGUGGGCCAUGCACAGGUACAGCUCAUGUCUCCUUAACCACACCAACCAAAAGAUCCUGUGACUCAGAUUCACAGUCGGAGAGUGAGGCUUCUCCUGUGAAACGGCCACGACUACUGGAGGACAGUAAUGACAGGCCUGAGGAAACCAGUCGAUCUAAACAGAAGAGCAGACGCAGGUGCUUCCAGUGCCAAACAAAACUGGAGCUAGUACAGCAGGAACUGGGAUCAUGUCGCUGUGGUUACGUGUUCUGUAUGUUACAUCGCCUACCCGAACAACACGACUGCACAUUUGACCAUAUGGGACGUGGCCGUGAGGAAGCCAUUAUGAAAAUGGUGAAACUGGACCGGAAAGUAGGGAGAUCGUGCCAGCGCAUUGGCGAAGGGUGUUCCUGAGUGCAAGACUCUGCAACCAAAUGCUGUUCUCUUAGUUCACUAAUGUUAGCCUUAUUUAGGACAAAAUCAGCCAGACACCUUGUACUGGGCAAGUUUCAGACUACAGCCAAUCAGUUUCCUUUCUUUAGCCAACCGUCCUGGUACUGUAGUUUAGGGGUUGAUGGUGGUUGAAAUUGAUUUCUGGCUGGUUAUUAAGGUGCCUGCUAGCCACUGAAUAAAAUUAAAACAUGAAGAAAUACUUUCUCGAGCAUGGCUAGUGGAUUUAAACAAAACAAACAAUCCAAAGGCUUCUAUUAUUGCUGGAGUCACUUUCAAAGCCUUAUGCUGGAAAUCUUCCAGCUACAGAGUUAAAACAAGGAGCUGAAUAGAAGCUGAUGUAAAAGUUUGCUAUGCACAUAGCUUUCAGACAAACUGUGUUUAAUGUGCAGCCUUUCACCUCUUCCCUUCUAAUUAAUCCUGACAAGGUUGAAACUCCACUAAGAGCAGCCACUGUAGCUGCUAUGCCCAGAAGACCUGAUUGGUCACUCGUGCCUUCAUCGCGUGUGGCUUCUGAGGUUAGGCCAUGUCACCAGCAUCAGGGAUUCUGACAGGGCGGGCAUGUCUUUCUGGUUCUUCCAGGAAGCCAAAAAGAGAGGGGGACAGAGAUUCUUAUGAAAAACUUUUAUAUCUAACUUGCUAUGGAGAACCUGGAUUUUUUUUUUUCCGUUUAAAUAAUCUCACUUAAAGCGAACACCAUCCCAGAGCAGUAACCUGUAUGCAUUUUCUACACGGCAUCUUCAGAAUUUCUAAGGGUUGUGUGAACAGAUUCCAUGGUUGUGGUAAACGCUGACCAGUGCAGCCGUUCACACCAGUGAAACCUGAUUGGCUCUUGUUUGCCUUUUGCUAAGUGCAGGUAUCUGAUAAUUGAUCAAAUAAGGCUAAUUCACAGCACAGUAGCCAUGGCUGGAUUCUACAGACUGACUUUCUGUAGCUAGACAUAUAUAUUGGGGAAAAAAGGACAUUUUGUAGCAAACGGAAUUCAGUAACAGUAUUGGGGAACAACCAGGAAAGCACCCUUUAUCAACUUGAGUUUGUACUCCUCGCUUCCAGAGUGUUAACAAGAUAAUCAAGUGGGCUAUGUCAGCCUUGUUCCUAUGCAGCUGAAUGCUCUCAUGACAAUAUCUGCCCGCAUCUAUUGCAAAGCAAGUGUAGCAAGUGAAUGUGAAAAGCAUUACGUGGAAUAGACAGCACUGGAUCUGUUGUUCAGACCUAUGGUUCUGUAUUGUGGUCUGUCAUAUUGAGCUGAACUGCACAGAUCUCGUUAGUUUGUAGCAAAAAAUAUUUCAGCAUGUCUCCUGCUGCAGACAAAGUUUAUGCAGGUACAGAGGAUUUGUGUUGAUGCGGCCUGGUCUAGUCCUGUGUGGAUUUUGUUUCCCAACACAAAUUAAUAAGGCAUUAACAAUCAGGUAAUUCAGUAGGACAUCUGGGAUAGGGAAGGACUUUGUAUUGUCUUGAAAUAUUGGGCAGGUGUAAACCAUUCAAGAGGUGACAAUGAAUUGUCACUCCGAAAACUGGUGUGUGUGGGGUGGGGAGAGCCGAAGUCAUCUUGUAUUCUCUUUGUUUUAAAAGUAAAUGAUUCCUUACAGGCCAAAUGAUACUGUUAUUUUGGUAGCCGGCUAGAAGCAUUUAACAAGGAGACAAUUUAAAAAUAUAUAUAUACUCAGCAUCUGACUGUAUUAGUGUAAAUUAACCCUGAAGCAAAUCAGAAAUGUCCCAUCAUUAUAAAAUGCAAGCUAUGGAAAAGGCUAACUGAGUUUGUUUGGAGGUUUUUUUAUUAUUAUUAUUAUUAUUAUCCCAAGCUAUGAAAUUGGCAGUAGAAAUUCCAGCGACAUGCUGUAUUUUCAGGAAAUGGUCCCACCUCAUCCUGGUGAGAGGGACAAUGCCAGGAUAUUCUUUACAUUUGCCAUGAGUUUAAAAACCAUGAAUUUCAGCUGCUGCUGGGAUAGGCACUUUCUUUUCCUCUCAAAUCCUAGCAUAGCAUUUGAUGGGCAUUCUGAUUUAUAUGCGAGACUUUUCCGCAUUAAUACUGAAGAUGCUAUUUGUUCUUCCUUAAUCUUUUCUUUAACCCUGUUACAGGUGCAUAGUUGGUUUCAAGGUGGCUCUUGAGAGAACACUACUCAUAGUUCAUGUGGGUUAUGGACAAUGUUCACUUUAAAAAAAAUUAAAAAGUGGGGGGAAGGGUUGUUCCUUUGCAGUAUCUGUUCUGUGAAGUUUGUUAAACGUAAAGAAAGCUUAAGUUCUUGUAUCUUUAAAGAAAAUCUUAUUUAACCCUUUUGUGUUCUAGAUUUACUUACACAUGUAGCCUAGAGCUCAGUUUUUAGUUUAACAUUGUGAAAAUAUUAAAAAAAAAAAAAUCUUGUAACUUUAUUCUUUUUCCUCCUGCUAAAAAAAAAAUUAAACCAAUCAGAUUAAAGUUUGAAUUCCUUUCUGACUAUUCCAACAAGGAUUGUGAUCUGCACUGUUUCUGCUAAGGUUUGUGUAUGAAAUGUGAAUAAGGGAAAAAUCAGGCACUGGGCUAGUGAUUAUAGUUGAUGGGGAGUGGACAGCAUGCUUUUUUGCCAGUCUCUGGGGUUGGCACUAAUGCAGGGUUCAAGGUUAGCCAUUUCUUUUAUGAGCAAAUCUUGUUAAGUCUACUGUAACUUCAGUAUUGGAAAAUAACAUUUUGAGGGUAGUUACUUAUACCAAUCAAAGGAAUUUAUUUGCUUGUAAGUCCUCUACACAGAGUGCUGCGCUGUUACAGCGGCAGGUAGAUAAAGAAUGUCCUCUAAAGUACAUUUUUGAUUAAUUUGGACAGGUUUCCACUCCCUCCCCCACUCACCUAUAGUAGCUAUCUUCUGAAUGCGAAAUUCCAUAGUUUAUGGAAUGUGUUCAUAAUUGGUAAUUAGCUGAUAGACUGCAUAGCUUGGAUUUUACCCCUCAUUUAGAUGUCUAAAAACACACAGCCAUUUGAAUACCAGUAGUAUGUUUUAAGCACAUAGAUGGAAUGUCAGGAUGGAAUUUGGCUAAUUUCUUUAAAUUCAGUUUGGCAUUGAAACGAUGCUUGAAAAUCAUGGGAUGUGUACCCCUAUUUUCCCCCCUCCAAUGAACACAGUGCUUUCAAACAAAAUUGUGUUCUGUGGUUCUUGUGCACCACUCCAGUAGUGUGGGAGUAAGAGCUAUCAGGCUUAUUUUUGGUCUAGUCAGCCAAUAUUUCCAAGAAAAUUAAAUCCCCUGGCAAAAAGGAGCAUCAAGACCCACCUCUCCAAAUCCUCACUUGUGGUAUCCACUUCCUGCCUUUAAAUAGUUGUUGUUUUUAUCAAGGGAAUUAAUUUUAUGCUGAGGAAAAUGAGGGACUCCCAGCAGUGGUUAUAUCUGGGCAAUAUGUAGGCUGGCAUUGCACAAGUAUCCCGCUGUAUUUAUGCCAACAUACCUUUAGUCUGAUUGUGUAAAUGUUAGCUGUUCUAGGGAUACAGCAACAGAAAAAAAAUAUUUUUUUAAUGAAAAAUGUGGCAGAGUAUUUUAUGACGAAUGUGUCUGGAUCAGUUGUAAUCUCCAGGCCUCUUUUCCUGCAUUCAGUUAAUUUUAUGGCAUGAACCCAAUGAUAUAGAAUAAAAAUAAUCAUCUCUCUCCUCCUAUGAUGCAUGAUGUAUUUGUGCCUAGCUCUCAAAGGUGCAAAGAUACAUGCAUUAUCCCAAUCCUGUACUUAAGUGUUGAAGCCCUAAAAGACGAAAAUGGGAUCCGUGUUUAUAAAAUGUGAACUCUGGAAGCCUUAGCAAAAUUUCUAAAAGCACUCAAAGUGUAUACCCAUCUGCAUGCUAUUUAUAUAUCUAGACAGAGCAACCAAGUAACUUCCAUUUGUCACUUGAUUUGUUAACUAAAAUUGUUGGUUAUUUGUAGGACAAUAGAGAAGAGGUUUAAGCCAAUGUGCUUUGUUUACAUCAUUGCCAUCAAAUUCAUCAGCAUCUCCUCCUUCCUUUUGAUAUGAAUAUUGAGCCAACUUGUCACCUACCAGUUCUUUAGUUUAUUUUCUAACUUUUAAAUUGUGAUAUAUGGCACCAGCUUCCUAGCAGCAGAAUUGUUUGAUCUGGGGUUUUUUAAAACCAUAUUUGAACCAAAACAACCAAUAUGAUUCCACAAAUGAGGCAAUAUAUGACAGUGUUAAUAGAAAUUUUGCCUCCGUUCUUAGCAUGCAAGAACACAACCUCUUCUAACAUGAUGAGCAGCUAACUCUUCUUGAUUCAUCUAACUGGGACUGCAGCCCACUGUUAUGACCAGGGAUCCUGGUUUUCUCUUUAUUUAAAAAAAAAAAAUUAAAAUCCCCAAUUUUUAGAUUAAAAAAAGUAACCCAAAAUCCACAUUUUUCUGUGAUCAAAAUGAAAUACCACUUUUUAUAUAUACACUAGCAAAUUGCCUGUCAAAAAUGAUUGGGGGUCAGGGUGGUGGGGACAGAUCCCAGCAUUGGGCCCAGUGACCCUGCUCUCCCCUCUUCCCGUGCUAGUCCAGCCCCGCCCACUUCAGGCCCAACUCUGUCCCCCCCAGCAGCUUUCGUUCAGGGCUGCUCCCCCUCAUUCCACCCCCCUGCAGCAGUCUUGCCCCUGCUUUGGGACCGGGUCCACCCCCCCCCACCCUUGCUCCUGCUGCUAUGUGGCCAGGGCUGCUGCUCCUCCGGUCCCCCGCUGUUUCAGCUGUUCUUCCCCCCCCACACACACACACGCACCCUCCCCUGCUCUGGAGCUGGGCCCAUGUCCGCACCCCCUGCCUGCCACUUUCGGCCGGGGCCUGUUCCUCGCCCCCCAACUCCCCUCAGCUUUGGGUCCAGGCCUGUUGCCCCCUGCGGCUGCCAUCAUGCCCGUGCCGCCACCACCACCCCGCGCAUGCAAGCCGCAGGCCCGAUGGAGCAGCGCGGGCAUGGGGUGGCAGCCGCAGGGUGGUGGCUGUGGCUACCAGUAACCAGCCCCUCCUCUCCCUUCUGCUUCCAUGCCAGCUCUUGUUGGGGGUGAGAGGGGGGUGCUUUAGCCCCUGGCUCCAGGGAGCAGCCUCACCCCCCGGCUCCAUCCCCUGUGUUUUGACAGGGCUCUGGUCCCUGCCGUCCCCCUCUGCCUCCAAGGGGCAAGGUGGGGGGCAGGCUCCGUAGGCCUUCCCCCCCCCCCAAAGUCUCCACUGUCAUGAUGGUGCUCCACUGUCUGUUCUAUCCAUCUAGAGCACUCUGAUUGGCUGCCAAGACAGCCAGUCAGAGUGCAAAUAAAGCGUUAUGGACAGACAGACUAAGGCUUUUAUAAUAUUAGAAUAUUACACCACUAACAUAUAUGUGGCGUUUCAUUUUAAUUACGGAAACAUAUGGAUUUUGGGUUACUUUUUCUAACCAAAAAAUUGGGGUGUCUUUUAUUAUCAGAGAAAAUUAAGAUCCCUGGUUAUGACUGGAUGGGAAAGUUCUUGCUUUUAGAUGUAUUACUUCUGCUAUAAUGGGUUUGUUUUUUAUAUCCUUUGAAAUUUGCUGCUACUACUAUAGGGUCACAAACUGAAUCAAAGUCAGCAUCAAAAAGGUAUUGGCUCUAACUGUGUAUCAAGCAGGUAGGCAGCAUAAUGAUCACUUAAUUUUUCUGUUGCAUGAUUUUUGUCUAUUUAUUUUUAUUUUCUCUUGAGCAUUUGUAAGUAAACUUGGUUCAGUAUUCUUACCAGCAGCUUAGGUGGGAGUUUUUUCAUUUCUUUUUUUAAUGUUAUGGUGGUUGCUCUUGGGAUCAGGCAAUGUAGAACUCUCAUUCUGUAUAUUUUGAGUGGACUAAACUACAGGUAUAACCAGUGAAAUCAAUGUUGCGUUUUGCAUCCAAAAGAUAAACGCUCACAAAUAUUAGUAUGGUUGCUGAUCAAAAUGCCUUUUUGCAGAUUUGAAGAUCCUUCUGGUGAGAUUUAAUAGAAGAUGCCCACUGAGUACAACAAUUGAAUGCUGUACUAAAUAAUGCUGAAAUAUGGUUGCUGAUGCGUGCAGUUCUCGUCACUUUUGACACGCAGUAAGAAAGCUGUCAGAUUUUCAGCACUGCCUAGGAAGAGCUGCACUCUUUGGGUAGGCCAUCCUUAGCACAGAAAGUGUGAAUAUUAAUCAACAAAGCCAAGCACAGUUUUCAGAUGAGCUGUGCUUUCAGUUGCAAUUAAAAUCUUUUGUGGACCCAGUUUAUUGAUGACUAGGGACCUACUUAACUCGUGGUGAGACAAAGCCAUUUUUGUGGCUUUGUCCCAGGGGGAAGGAGGGAUGAUGAGGUGGCCGCCGUCUUGACUGCUGGCUGCUCUUCGUCCAGCUCUGCCCCUCAGCACUGAUUGGUGGAUUGGCCCUGGAGGGAAAGAGUGAGGACAAGAUGGUGGCUGCCCCCUUUAUGCUGCCCCACCAGCCAACACCUUCCUCUCCUAGACAAGAUGUGAGGCCUGCCUGGGAGGGGAAGACUUAAUGAAAAAUAAAUAAAUAAAUUACUAAGUUGUUUUUUUUUUAUUAUUUUGCAAGCAAGCCUGGAUUUCAGUUUCGCAGAAACUGCGAUUUAGGUAGGUCCCUAUUGAUGGCAUUUAAACUUGUUGACACUGUCUGUGCUAUGCUUAACUGUAUAUUGAAAUGAGUAAAUACUAGUUUUGGAAUUGUUACUAUGAAUUUGGUGAUGAAUACCAUCAACAUGAGUAUUGCUCCAUGUAUCACACGUGACCCACCUCAGGAGGCUGAAUGAGAGCACCACAUCCUUUCACGUCUUUCAUGUCAGCAGGCAGAAUACUUCUGGCAAGAUGAUUCCAGCUUGGAACUCUGUAAAGUGGAUGCAAGUUCUAGAAAACAUCAUAAGAAUUUGCAGCUCUGUGAAAUUAUGUAUUGCUGGCAUAUGUAUAGUCAAGUUCAUUUUCUCUCAUCAGUAAAAACCUCUUAAUACCAAGGCAUCCUUGCAAUAGGAGUUUUUUAAUGCUUGAAGCACGUGGAAUAACAAAGCUCUUAUUAGAAGGCGAAUAAAUGGACUUAGCUUCA